GGAAUAUAAAUAAAAUGAGAGAGCUUUUCACUCAGUCCUCUAUAAUGGAAAUACAAAUACCCCAAUAAAAAGCAUAUCCUUUUCAUACUCCCCAAUAAAAGCAUAUACAAAACUAUCUCUGUUUUUCCCCCCGAGGAGGAGAAAAUAAGUUAAAAGAUGACGAUGUCGGACAACUCUAGAAAUUUGGAAGCUGGUUUGUUACUUAGGAAGAACCAAAACGACAUCAACGAGUGUCGUAUCACUGCUGUUGUGCUCUUCAGCACCUUCGUUUCUGUUUGUGGUUCUUUCUGCUUCGGCUGUGCCGCAGGUUUUUCAUCAGUUGCUCAAGCUGGGAUCGUAAAUGAUUUAGGCCUCUCUGUUGCACAAUACUCUGUCUUUGGUUCUAUCAUGACUUUCGGAGGAAUGAUUGGUGCCGUCUUCAGCGGGAAGGUUGCAGAUCUCAUGGGUCGCAAAGGGACAAUGUGGUUUGCUCAAGUGUUCUUCAUCUUCGGUUGGACUGCAGUAGCAUUCGCGCAGAGCUCGAUGUUGCUUGAUGUUGGAAGACUAUCCACAGGAUUUGCUGUUGGUUUAUUAAGCUACGUGAUACCUGUUUAUAUCGCAGAGAUUACACCAAAACAUGUCCGAGGAGCGUUUGUAUUUGCUAAUCAGCUGAUGCAGAGUUGUGGGUUGUCUUUAUACUACGUCAUUGGAACUUUUAUUCAUUGGCGUAAACUGGCGCUAAUCGGUCUCAUUCCAUGUGCUUUGCAAGUUGUGACUUUGUUCUUCAUUCCAGAGUCCCCUAGACUACUCGGCAAAUGGGGACGUGAAAAAGAAUGUAAAGCUUCAUUACAACUUCUCCGUGGAGAUGAUGCAGAUAUCUCUGAAGAAGCCAACACUAUCAAAGAAACCAUGAUGUUGUUCGAUGAAGGACCAAAAUCGCGGGUUAUGGAUUUGUUUCAGAGAAGAUAUGCUCCAUCUGUUGUUAUUGGUGUGGGGCUAAUGCUUCUCCAACAACUCUCUGGAAGCUCCGGACUUAUGUAUUAUGUCGGUAGCGUGUUUGACAAAGGAGGAUUUUCAAGCAGCAUUGGCUCAAUGAUUCUUGCAGUCAUCAUGAUCCCAAAAGCUCUAUUGGGUUUGAUUUUGGUUGAGAAAAUGGGACGCAGGCCGCUUUUAUUGGCUUCCAAUGGUGGGAUGUGCUUGUUCUGCUUGCUCCUCAGUUUCACCUUCUGUUUUCGGUCAUAUGGCAUACUUGAUGAGCUUACUCCGAUUUUCACAUGCAUCGGUGUAGUGGGUUUCAUCUCUGCAUUUGCCGUAGGCAUGGGAGGCUUACCAUGGAUCAUCAUGUCUGAGAUAUUCCCAAUGAAUGUUAAAGUUUCUGCUGGGACUCUGGUUACUUUGGCCAACUGGUCCUUUGGUUGGGUUGUAGCUUUCGCCUACAACUUCAUGCUAGAAUGGAACGCAUCAGGAACGUUCUUGAUCUUCUUUGCUGUAUGUGGUGCGGGUGUAGCCUUUAUUUACGCUAUGGUACCCGAAACUAAAGGAAGAACAUUGGAAGAUAUACAAGCUUCUCUCACAGAUUUUCUACAAUGAGAUUUGAGUUUUAUUAUAUAGUUGUUCAUAGUUAUUCUUUUUUUUUUUUUCUUGUUUUGGUUGCAAUAUUAGAGAAAAUUAAGGGGAGGCCUUGAACAUAAGGUUUAGAUAUCUCUCUUGAUAGUAUAUAGAUAUAUAGUCCUCAUUGAUUUUACACAGAAAACAAAACAAAGAAAUUAUAAAAUUUAUUUAUAAGUUACUUUCCUUUUGCUUCACUUGUAUUUUUCACACAGUUUCAGUAGAGUUUUACUUCUUAAGUAGGACCAAAAACAAAGAAAACCAAAGAGUUUGAGUCGUACACUUCUACUAGUACAUGAGUACUUAUCUGAAA